AUGGACUCCUCAAGCAAGCGGCGAAAGCUCUCAAACGGCGCUGCUGCCUCAACAAUACUCGCCGAACCUCAAGCCACCACCACCAAGGACACCAACUCUGACCUUGCAUCAACGACCAAACCAACCGCAGAAACCAAAACCCGGUCCUCCUCGCUCUUCGUCCGUUCCCUUCCCGCCUCGGUCACGAACGAGAGCCUAGCCGCACAUUUCUCAGAGUCCUACCCGCUCAAACACGCCACUGUCGUUCUCGACCCUUCAACCAAGAUCUCCCGCGGCUUCGGGUUUGUAACUUUCACAGAUCACGCAGAUGCAGCCGCCGCAGCCGCUGAGUUCGAUGGCAGCACGCUGCUCGGAAGGAAGAUCAGAGUCGAGAUCGCGGAAGCGAGGCACCGUGAUGGCGCUGCCGGAGGUGACUUGGCGGUUACGAAUGGUGGUGCGGUGGCUGUUGACGCUGGGAGUGAGAGAUCUGAAAGAAGGAAGGUGGGCAACUCGAAGAGCACGAAUACGACUGGCGAGCGGCUGCGGAAAGAGAGGGAAGAUCAGCGCAAGGAGUCCCAGCCGCCACGUUUGAUCGUGCGGAACCUGCCGUGGAGCAUACAGACAAGCGAAGAUUUGACGAAGCUGUUCCAGAGUUAUGGCAAGGUGAAGCAUGCGGUGGUGCCGAAGAAGGGUGGGAAAGGGGAGGGCUAUGGAUUUGGCAUUGUGAUUCUCAGGGGAAGGAAGAAUGCGGAGAGGGCGCUGGAAGGCGUCAAUGGGAAGGAAGUUGAUGGGAGGGUUGUGGCUGUGGACUGGAUGGCGGAGAAGGAGGAGUGGGAGAAAGUCAAGGAGAUCGAGGCGCAGAGUGCGGCUGAAAUGGGGAUCAACGGCAAGAGUGGCGUUGAGAAGCAGACUGCGAAUGGCGUGGAGGAUGCGAAGGGAGAUGUGGACAUGCAAGAUGUCGCAGAAGACGAACACAUUGACGACUCAGACUCGGAUGCCGACGAGGGCGCUUCCUUGCCAUCUAACCCGUCCGGGGCUGAAGAAGACAACCUCAUCGACCCCUCCGCCGACCUGCCUGACCUCGAAGACAAACCUUCCACAGACAACACGACAAUCUUCAUCCGCAACCUCCCCUUCACCACCGACGACGCCACCCUACGCGAGCACUUCACCACCCACUUCGGCCCAACCCGCUACGCCCGUGUCGUUUAUGACCACGCCACCGAGCGCUCCAAGGGCACCGGCUUCGUCAACUUCGUCGAGGAAUCCGACGCCAAGGACUGCGUGCGAGGCGCUCCUAAGAAGUUAGACUCCGACCCUUCUGGCAGCGUACUCAAUCGCAACCGCCACGGCCCACAAUCCACCCACUCAAUCCUCCAAAACGACGCCUCCGACCCUUCUGGAAAGUACACACUGGAAGGCCGCAUCCUCCAAAUCACCCGCUUCCUCCCCAAACCCACCGCCGACGCCCUCGCCUCGCAGUCCGCCCUCUCCCGCGAAAAAGCCCGCGAGCGGGACAAGCGCCGCCUGUACCUCCUCUCCGAAGGCACGAUUCCACGCAAUAGCAAACUCUACGAAAUGCUCUCCAAGCCCGAACUCGACAUGCGAGAGGCCAGCGCUAAGCAACGACAGCGCCUGAUCAAGAUGAAUCCGAACUUGGGCAUCAGUCUUACGCGCUUGAGUAUCCGCAACCUGCCCCGAUGGGUCACGUCCAAAGACCUCAAACAGCUCGCGCGAGAGGCGGUAGUGGGGUUCGCGUCGGACUGCAAAGCUGGGAAGCGGUCCGCCCUAUCAGCAGAAGAGAAUCGGAGGGCAGCCGACCUUAUGGCUGAACUCGAGACCCAGCGCAAGAAGAAGGGCGUGGGUAUUGUUCGACAAGCGAAGAUUGUCUUCGAGGACUCGAAACAGGGCUCCAAGGUGAAAGAGGGCAUGGGUGGGAGGAGUCGAGGGUAUGGGUUCGUGGAGUACUGGAGCCAUAGGAGUGCGUUGGCCGGGUUGCGGUGGUUGAAUGGGUAUGUGCUGAAGCCGAAGGAGGGUGGUGAGGGUGAAGGGGAGAGGGGCAAGAGGCUGAUCGUGGAGUUUGCGAUUGAGAAUGCGCAGGUGGUGCAGCGGCGCGAAGGACGAGAGAAGAGAGGAAGGGAAAGGCGGGACGGUGGUGAAGGGGAGUGGGAGGGCAUCGAGGAUGAUGAGCAGGCGGCUGGUACAAAGGGGAUGGGCAAGAGGCUCAGCGGUGCUCAGCAGAAGAAGAGGAAGCGCGAGGCAAGCGCGAACGGGAACUCGGUCAAGUCCAGCGAUGGUGGGAAGAAGGGCAAGAGCAGCCAUACAGAGACCGAGGCAGCUGGUAGUCCGGACGAGAAGAACAAACUCGCCAAGCGCAACCGCAUCAUUGCGAAGAAACGCUCGGCCAGGAAGGCACGGAAGGGUUGA